UUUUUUGGGUCAAUCUUAUCUUAUGUUCAAAAUUCAAUAACUUAUCUUAAAUAUAUUCGCUAAAACUCACUUUCAUACUUCCUGAAAAGCUAAGGCUAUUGUUUUCUACCUUCAUUGCCCGCGUCUUCCAAACUUUCUAUGGCAAAAUUGGCUUUAAUAAUCUCCUUAUUACCUUGGUAAAACUCUUUACAAUUUCUGUGUAUUAAUUCUGCCUGCUUGUCUUUUCACGGAGAAUAAAGCAUUACAAAUGCUAUAAAAUAAUUCGGUCUAUCCGUAUUACCAGUGAAGAGGCUAAACCUAAUUAUACUAUUCCUUUCUCUUGUAAAACCGUCGCGACGCCCGAAAUAAACUUCUCCUAAAAUAUAAUUUUCAUCUUCAACUUCAUUGUGUGAACAGCGCCUAAUAUAGUAUAUACCAAACCUUCGAUAUUAGUGUAGAAUAAGUCCCUUUUUAUAAUGUUACCAGACUCUGAAAAUGUAAAGUAGUCGAGACAGAGUCGUACUCAAGAGCAGAACGUGCGCAGAACACUUAUAGUUAUAAUUUCUAUAUGUAAUAAUAUAUCCAACGCAACUAUCCUAAAUAAAACCUACACCACUCGAAAAGCUACCCUUCUCAGUUCAGAAGUGGGAUCAGUGUGGUUGGAUAUGUAUGAAGCGGAGGAGUUGUGCCAAGAACUCUAAGAAAGCAGCAAGAAUCGUCGGCGUGGAAAGUUUGCAAUGGGAUGUGUUCCCAGGUCUAUGUGACAGCUUAAAUUGCAAAUUACGGAUGUGUUCCAGUUCUACGUGGCAGGCGGAUUCAAGGAAAGCAGAUCGGGAAUCUUAGUGAAGCCGUGGAGUCAAGCAUAUCAGUUAGAUCAGGAUUCUUAGUGAGCCUGUGGCCGCAGAAGUCUCAAGAGCAGCAGAAGUCUCAAGAGAAGCCAAAGCACAUACACACAAAGCGGUUGUGAGUAUUGGUGAAUUUUACAAGUCGAUGCAAGUCAGAAUUUUCUAGAAGCCGGAGCACAUACAUGCAUACAAGGAGUUUGUGUGUAUUGGUCAAGGGAGAAAGCAGAUGCAGAACUUUGUGAGGUACAUAUAGUUGUCUCGCUCGCAAAGAGGACUGCCAACUUAGGCGCUAAAACAACAUUAAAAUGCCGAAGAUAGCAGAUCUUAAGGGCGACGUGUUAAGAUUCCUGCUGAGAUCUAGAAACGUGUCAGUUUCGGGCACCAGAGCCGAAUUGGGUAAAAGACUAAUUGAGUUUGAACAAUCGGAGGACGUAGAACUGCCAGCAGCAGUGGGUAUCAACAUGCAGCAAGAAGAAACGAUGUCAGCACAGUCAGCGGCAAUUUCACAAUUGCAAAACGAGAUGAAGGAACUAAAGGACAUGUUAGCUCAAUUAGUUACCGUUCAAAUGGGAAACGCAGCACCAGCACAUGCAGGAAAUCAGCAACAGCACCAAAUAAUCGAUUUGGAUAUCAACGAGAUCAACAACGAGAGCAUUCCUGUUCAGGCUACUAACAACGUGAGGCAAGCUUCAGUCAAGGAAAUUGCCAACACCUUGCCGGAAUUUGAUCCCAACGACGACCACGCCAUUUCAGUCAAUCAGUUCAUCGAUCGUGUCAACAAAGUGGCUGAUGCCUACCAGUGGGACGAGAAGUUCCUGUUACUCGCCAUCUAUACAAAGCUAAAAGGUCCAGCCAAGAUGUGGCUAGAUUCAUCACCCAUUCUACACACUACGUGGAAAAACUUCGCCGAAGCUAUAAAGGACGAGUUUGGCGCAAAUCCAGACGAAGCAGAAGUGCAUUUCAACAUGGCCAAUGCAACCAGGCGAUCAAAGGAGACGGUAAAGGAGUACUGUUUCAGGAUGUCAGCCCUUGGGGUGCGUUACAAGCUCAGCGAGGCAGCGAUCAUCAGAUAUGUUCGCGCAGGUCUACAGCAUCGUGAAUUGCAAAACAGUAUUGCAGCAAUUCAUUUCGUCACAAUGAAACAGCCGAAUCGUAUUUCGUUAAUCGAGGUCGGUCAAGUACGAGCAAGAAAGAGUAUUCACCGAAAGCCAGCCACUUCGAGCAGAAGCCAGACAGCGAUGUUAAGCCACCAAGGACAAAGGAAUCCGUAAUAUGCUACAACUGCGGAGAAAAGGGACAAGAAAAAGUCACGCUGUACCAAAUGCAACAAGUUCCACGAGCCAAAUGGAAGUUGCCAAGCCACCAAUGUCAUGCG